AAAAAAAAUGGAAUUGUUCAGAUGUUCACAAGUUUUCACUUUUCUCUAGAGUCGACUUGACUUUCCCUUUGUUUAUUUAUGAUCAUUUCACUCUGUCAGUCCACAAGAAACCCCAAUUCAGAGUCUUUCAAAAGCAAUCUGCUUUCCCCUUCUCCACGGUUGGAAAUUUAGAAUUUCAGGUUGCAAAUUUGAAUUUGGAAUUAUAAUCUAAUCCUCAAAUCAUGGCGAUGACAGUAGAAGGUUCACUUGUUCCUUUUUCUUAAUUUUUUUUUGUUUUCUUUCCCCUAAAAGUUCGUAUUUGAUCAUGAUUUCUAUUUUUCUUUUUGCAUAAUUAUUUCAAUUUCUUUAUCAUAUAUCCGUUUCUUUUCUGAACUGCAUCGUAGGCUAAAUCAUAAUGUUGGAGUUGUAAAUUCUUCAUAAUUUGAUUUUAAACAAAGUUAGGGUUUUUGAGAAAAUUUUCCUGAAUUUUCUUGUUGGAAUUGGUAAAUUAUUUCAAUUCAUCAUUUUGAUGAUAUCCCCACGAAAUAUUGUGUUUCCAAAAUUAUGAUUUUGACUUAUCUUGUUUGUUGUGCUGACUGUUGUUUGUUUGAUGCAUCGCGGGCUUGCUGUUAAUCGAUUAUUGCUUUCUUCGGCAGUGCUCUGUGGGCUUGCAUUUACUUUUUCAGUCAGUAUCAUGUUGCAGAUAAUGGCUUGUGCAAUUUACAGUAACUGGUGGCCUUUGUUGUCAGCUCUAAUGUAUGUGGUAGUCCCCAUGCCAUGCAUGUUCUUUGGAGGUGGAUCCACACAAUUCUUAGUAAGUCGAGAUGGUGGAGGCUGGGUAGAUGCUGCUAAGUUCUUGACGGGAGCUUCUGCAGUGGGAAGCAUUGCCAUUCCUAUGAUUCUUAAACAUGCUCAUCUGAUAGAAACAGGAGCUAUGCUCAUUGAGUUAGCAUCAUUCUUCUUGUUUGUCUGUACUGUCUUGUGCUUUCACCGUGCUAGCCUUGAUGACGAAUGGUAGAAUGUAUUGAGUUAUCCAGAUUCCAGAGUUGAUAGAAAAUGAUUGGUAACUGCUAGAAGAAAGCGGUGUAAUAUGAUCUGAUCUGUAUACUGGUAGAUAAGAGGCUGAGCAAUUUAAAUUCUUGUGUCCAGCAAAUGUAUAUUUUGGGUUGUGAAGUAACAAACUGGUUCUUGUAUAGAGACGUUUCCUGGAUCUGUGGUUGACUUCAUUUUGGAGCUAAUGUAUGAAUAUGUCAACUCAAGGUUCUACAAUCGAAAAACACUUUUGCGGUGGCAUAUUUCUUUCA